AUGACCACAGUAUUGCCAAUCGAAUGGUCAGUAAAUGCUUAUUUCGGUACAUCAGCUCAGCCAUCGUCCACUACAGCGAUACCGCUAACGGAAUCGAACGCAUCAUCGCAUCAUUUUCAAAAUGUCACCUCACCACUAUUCGCUAACGAAACCGCCACUACCCCAACCACUUCAAUGCCACAAUUCGAGCUGGAAGACGAUUGUCAGUUCCGGCCAACCACCGAAAAUUAUGUCACCAUCGUGUCAUUUUGCCUUAUUUUUUGCCUCUCUGUUGUUGGCAAUUCCGUCGUUGUUGUCGUUAUUGUUCAGCAACGCACAAUGCGUUCUAUAACGAACAUAUAUUUGUUGAAUCUGGCAAUAUCCGAUUUGAUGUUAUCCGUUGUUUGUAUGCCGCCGACACUAGUCAGUUCGGUUAUUUAUUGCUGGAUGUUCGGCGAUAUUUUAUGUAAACUGUUCGCGUAUUUACAGCCAGUUGUUGUAACGGCAUCAGCAUACACGUUAGCUGUGAUUGCGUUCGAACGCUACUAUGCAAUAUGUCGGCCUUUGCAUUCUCGGAUAUGGCACACUCGUUCACAUGCAUAUGCAAUGAUCUCGCUGGUGUGGAUUAUCUCUGUAUUAGCCAAUUUCUUCAUGUUGUUCAUGUUCGAAUUGCAAACUUACAAUGUGAAUGGUCUGACUUGUGCACCGAGAUAUUCACCGAUCAUACAUUUCGGAUACCAGAUCUACAUGACAUCGGUUUUAUUGUUGAUACCGCUAUUUCUAAUGAUCGCAUUAUAUGGCUCAGUAAUUCACUCUUUGAAAAUGGGUAUGAAGAUGGAUAUUGCGGCCGUUGAAGGAUCGAUUAUCGAUGCUGAAAGUAGAUCAGUUUGUAUAGUCUUGAUGAGCUUGAUGGUCAACCGUCUAUUUAUCAGCGAUUCAGAAGUACCAUUCGACAACAUCGUAAACGAGCGAGUGCUUGUGUUGAAAGGAAGACCAGGUCGUUUCAUUUUCACUAGAUCGUUCCUCCUUCGAACAUCGGCAACCGAUAGAUUCAGACAAUGCCCUAAAUUUAAGGCAUUCGAUGUGUGGAAUUCACAGCUGAACACAGCCAUAACCGUGCUCUGCUAUAUCUCGUCGUGUGCAAAUCCAAUCACGUACUGUUUCUUGAAUCAAAAGUUUCGCAGUGCACUACUGCUCACAUUCGGAUGUCGUAAAGCAGCACUGCAUCGACAUCACAAUUUCCAGAACGUUUACGUCAAGACAAACGGGUGUUCACCCACCGAAGAAAGCAAUAAAGCAGCAAAACUCAGCGAGGCGAACGACGAUUACUCGUCGCGAUCACGUAAAAAGUGA